GUAAAGCCGAUGCGACAAAAUCCGACCUGCCAAGGGAGCAAGAAGAAGAGAGCACGAGGCAAGUGCGUCGUUGUCUCUGCGCCGGCCGAGCGGCAGCGGUGACGUACGGCCCUCGGCACUUCGGCAGCGCGCGAGGCGACGCGACAGGCCACCGCCCCUGAUCGAAUCCCCGGCCCUUUCGUGCCAGGCCGAAUAAUCCAAGCAAGCGGGCGGGCAAGCAACCCCACACAAAACCUGUUCCUCCUCCGCGCCCGCGGCUUCAGUUUCUUCCUCGCGGAAGCCUCCCGUUCCUUGCGGCGCGCUCCAAGCAACCGCUCCCCCCUCACCCAACAACCCCCCCCCCCACCCCCAACCACCCACCCACCAAACCCAACCGCCGCCGCGCGUCAGUCGAUGGAGGUGGAGCGAGCAGAGGACGAGAGGAAGAAGGGCGUCUACGGCGGCGGGCUGGAGUGGGAGCUGGAGCGGCAGUACGCGUUCGAGCGGGAGAUGCUGCUGAUGGCAGCCGGCGCGCCGGGCGCCGAACAGCACAAGCAGAGGUCCUUCGCCGCCGGCCUGCUCCAGAACUGCGACCUGCCCCCUCCUGCCAAGCUCUUCGGCCCGGUCCGGACUCUGCAGAGGUUGGAGAGCGCGGCGGGGACGGACCAGAAGGCCAACGGCGACGGCGGCGGCAACAACGACAGCCUGCUGCGCGCUCUGCGGCUGUCGCAGUCGCGCGCGCGGGAGGCGGAAGAGAAGCUAGCGACCGCGGGGGGCAGCAACGGGGAGCUCGCGGCGCUGCUCGUGCGGGACUCGGUGGCGCUGUCCGCGCACCGGCGAUGGGUGAUGAUGCUGGAGGCCGAGAACUCCCUGCUCAGAGGCGCCGCCUCCCGCGGCGCGGAACCGGACCCGGACGACGACGAGGCCGAGGCUGCGCAGCGCGGCGGCGUGGCCGCGUGGUGGGUCGCGCUCGCGGUGUGCAUCGGCAUCGCCGGCGUCGGCCUCGCGCUGGGCAGGUUCCUUUGCUGAUCGACGUCACCAUCCGGAUUUUGUAAACCGAAAACCACAGAUCAGAUCACUAGCGAAUCCGCGUUACAACGACAGUUCGCUCAUACGGGUACAGAAGUUCUUUGCAAACAUUACAGUUCGCUAACAUUUGCAGCUGAUGAUUAGCAUUCUCUUGCUGGUGUAAAUAGAGGAACGCACGAGCUGCCUGAAAAAAAAAUGUUGGGAGAAGAGUAGGUUCUGUAAAUUGUAGGGAAAGUAGUGCUACUGCUACCUGGACCAGGGAUUUUAAUUUGGUUUUACAAUUUUUUUCAUUUACCGGUAAAAAGACUAAAAUUCACGAAUUUUCAUCGUAAUUUUGUUUAUUUUUUUCCUCUACCAUAUAGGUCUCAUAUAUCAGUGAAAGAAAAAUUUUAAAUUAAAUAUUUCGUUCCAUUUCAAAAUUUAUGAAAUUUUGCUAAAAUUUUGACGAAAUUUUAAUCUCCGACUUGGACACCCGUAUUCUUUUUUUUAAUUCAGGCACCUCGGAUCCGAGUCGGGUUUCAAGUUGUACUUCACGAAAACUUUUUUAUCGAAACGGAUAUCUAAAUUCAAUUCGACACAUGUCUGUAUCUGGUAACUCUGGGGAAGCAUAGAGUAUUGAACCUGAACGCCGCAUCCAUCUCUUCACGCUUUCAUGAAAAGAAAAGAAAAAUUCUCAUCAUGCUGUGUUCUCAUUUGAGUAGACUUUGAUGCGUGCCUUCGAGUUCCCGCGAUUCUGUGGUAGCUUUGCUGGGAUCAUUGUCAGUAAC